AUGGGGUUUUUAGAUUUUUAUAAAACAGUAUGGAGGUUUAGUUCAAUUAAAGUAAAGGUUGCAAUUUUCGAAGCCGUUGUAGUUACUAUAUCAUCAGUGGUGGCCUUAAUACCAUGGGAAAAAACUGGUGUCGAGUGGGACGAUGUUACCUUAAUUUUUACACCAAUUUUAUGUUUAAUGGUUUCAAAUAAUGUUUCAUCAUUCACCAACAUUCACAUUACCAUCACAAUGUUACUGGGAACUUUAAUUGGAAGUUUAUAUUGUUAUAUUAUUGAGUUGAUUACCAAAGACAUCAUAUGGAUAACAUUUAUAACUACGUUCAUCAUGUUUUAUGUUGUUGCUGCUCUCUCAAAUAUACCAAAUAGAAGAUGGAUGACUGGGUUGUUUCUAAAGAAAAUGUUCUUGGAUAUUUUUAUCAAUCUUUAUUUUACCAGAUUAAGUUUUCUCGAAAUUGGUAUAAUGGAAAAUAUCUAUUGUGUUUUGUUUAUUCUUGGCGCUUUGCUUAUUGGCUCUGUUUUGUUCCCAAUGCUAGCAUCUCGUUUAAUCUUUGGCAAGGUAAUAAAGACCAUGAGAUCAACAAGAGUAUAUUUCCUUUUGCUUGGUAAUCACCUCGAAGAGAAUUUAUACAGGUUAGGCAAUGACAAUGGUAACUCAAAGUUUGAAAUCGGUGGUAACACAAAAAACCAGCUUAUUAAAGAACAACAAUCAAAGCAAGAUGAAUCCUUUUCUAAACCAGUGCUCAAUAUUAGUGUUCAAAGAUCUUUAUCAGUCCAAGAUGCACCAAUCGGGGUUACACCAUUACUAAACUCACAAAAUAGAGAGCCACAAACAUUCCAUGAAGAAAAGCUAAAAUUACCAUUAUCGAGAUCCAGAGCCAAUGACCGUAGUUCAGUAAGUGUAGACAUUGGAAACCAUAGAACUAAAUCCAAAAAAAAUGAAGUAAAUAAUUCUAGUGCAGUUCCACCCCGUAAGAAAUCAAUUUUAUCGACCCCAAGUUUCAACAAAAAAGUUAAAAUCAUCAAAACCCUUGGAUUGGAAAAAACUGAUGAAGAAAUGCAAAUUUUAGAAGUCGAAUUGUCCACAAGAAUUAACACCAUGACCUGUUUGUAUGUAGAAUCCAAGAAUGAAAGAUGGAACGAUGAAUUAAACGAAAACUAUGAUGAAUUGAUUUCAAAGUUUGAAAUGACUUUAAAGCAAUUAAUCUCAAUUAAGAAUUCAAUCAAAAGUGGCUUUUCUCAAAUUUCAAGUGAUGAAUUAAUCGCUCCAUUGGUGCCAUUUAUCGAGUGCUUGGUUGAAGAAGUAUAUUUACAAAUGGGUAUUAUGGCCGAUAUUUUAAAUUAUAAUAGUGAGGAUUUAAAAGAUGGAGCAGCUUUUAAAUUGCUUUCCAAGUCAUUCGACGAGACCCAAGAACUAAUCGAUAGAGUCAAGGGAGCUUUUAAGAAUGUGGUAGAUGCCUAUCAACAUGGAGAACACCCAUUAUUAAGCUAUGACGAGGUUACCAAGGUUCAUUUCUUUGUUCAUGGUAUUUUAUCUUUUGCAUUACAACAACGAGAAUUUGCAGAUAUCUUAAUUAAAGUUAAAAAGCUACAACGUUCGCACUCUGUUAGAUGGGAAUUAAUCAGAUAUGGCCUUUUGUAUGUAAUUUCAGGUUUCCCACUCAUGCUCGUUAAAAGACUCAAGUUCUUAAAAAGAAAGUUUUUCGGCUCAUCAUCACCAAGUUCAGAUACUAAAAGUGAAAGUAAAGAAAAUAACUUUGUAGCUUUAUUUAAAUGGAUAUAUUUCCAUUUCUUUAAAAAUGGUAAAUGGAGAUUCCCAUUACAGGUUUCAUUUGGUUUGAUAUCAACAAUUAUACCAUUUUAUUAUUUUGAUGGUAGAACCGAUCCAUCAGGAACAUUCGUUACAUAUGGUGUAUGGACUGUCACUACAAUUCUAUUCGUUAUGGGUCCAAGUUUGGGUGCUUCUAUAUCCAAAGGUUAUGAAGAAAGUAAAGGUACUAUAGCUGGAGCGAUUGUUGGGUUCUUGGCAUCUUUAUUGUGCAGUGUCAUACCAACACCCUAUAAAGAAAUUGUAAUUUCAGUACUUAUUUUUGCAUUUACUUUUAUCAUCUCAUUCCCUCAUCAACACUUACCAAAUGCUCAGGCAGCUGAAAUUUGUGAACUAACUUUCCUACUACUUUUACUGGGCCAAAAUUUAACACAAAAAUUCGAAUACAUGUAUGUUGUAUUAAGAGCCCUUCACAUUUUUAUGGGUGUAGUUUGGAAUGCAAUUGUCUGCAUGGUAGUUUUCCCAUACUUUUCCUACAAGGCCACUAGAAUCAAGAUGUUCCAAAUCACAAACUUAAUGUCAGAUUCAUUCAUUAAUAUUCUCAUCAGUGGUUUAAGAAUGAGUGAAUCCAUCAACGGUCAGGAUUUACAAACAUUUAGCAGUCAUGGUGAUGAACAAUCAAUAGGCAAAAGACAAGAUGCAAUUAAAAAGAUUUUAAUGGAACACAAAGAUGACUUGAUUAUAAAAAACAAUGCAGACAACAUCAACAACAUUAUUAGACUACAGGAUAUUGGAUCCAUAGAAUCAAUUAGAUACAUGAGAGAUAAAAAGAAAGAACAAAUUUACGAAUCAUUAAAAGAAAUUAGAAUUGGUAUCGAUCAAAUUAGAGAAUCGUUGGUAGAUGUCAAGUCUGAAAUGUAUUUUGUAUCUCCAUCAAAAACUGCAUUUUAUUAUUCAAUUGCCGAAAAUUUAGACGAAUGCUCCAUCACCCUCUUUGCCUUGGAAAACUCAUUCGAUCCAAUUUUUAGUGACCUCUUAAUUCUAUCAAUGUUUGACUUGGUAAAGCCAUUAAAUGAUUUAUUCCAACAAUUGAUUAAAUCAAAAUCAGAUAUCAAAUUAAUGAUGGCUGGUAAAUUCAAUGGUGACCUAUCACAACAUUGUGGAUUAGUUAAAGAGAAAUGGGAUGCUUUUCAACACCAAUUUAAAUCCAUUCGUGCAUUCCUCUUAAAUGAAAAGAUGUUUCACAUCCUUCAUCCAGAACAAAUACAAUUUGGCUCAGGUAUUCAUUCAAUUGAAAUGUUCAUCCAUACAUUCAUCAAAUUAUUGGAGGAUUUACGUUCAAUUAAAAAUGAAACCAGUUAUUUAAAACAAUUUUUAAGAUUAAAAUGA